AUGGAAACUACCAUGGUUUUCAUGGUUAGUAGCAUACUAGUAGUGUUGUUGAGUUCUUCUGCAAAUGCUCUGUCAGUUAGAUCUCUAUCCUCAUCGGUGUCGACACCGGCACCUGCACCGGCGCCAGAUUACGUUAACCUCACCCAUUUACUCUCAGUAGCCGGCCCCUACCACACCUUCCUUAAGUAUCUGGAAGGAACCGACGUCAUCCAAACAUUUCAAAAUCAAGUCGAUAACACAAAACAAGGCAUAACCAUCUUCGCACCGAAAGACCAGUCCUUUGCAUCUCUUAAAAAGCCACCUCUCACCAAUCUAACCAACGAACAACUCCGAUCACUCCUCCAAUUUCAUGCCUUGCCACAGUACUACUCUCUAGCAGACUUCAAGAACCUGAGCCAAUCGAACCCCGUCACCACAUUUGCAGGUGGACAGUACACGCUCAACUUCACGUAUUCUUCAGGGACAAUCAACAUAGGCUCGGGAUGGACAAACGCCAAGGUGAGCAGUAGUGUGCAUUCGACAGAUCCAGUUGCAGUGUAUCAGGUCGACAAGGUCCUUAUCCCCGAAGCCAUCUUUGGCAAUCCUCCACCUCCGUCACCGCCAUCUCCGGCGGCACCAGCUCCUGACAUUGCUCCAGGCUCUUCUGCAGGUAGCCCCGGCCCCGUUGGAGAUGAGCCUUCUCCCAGUGCUUCAUCUGCCUCCUCUUAUAGGAUCGUCACCUGGAGUAUCUUCAGUUACUUCCUUUUAUUGGAAGUUUCAGGUGGGUUGAUCUUAUUCUUGUAAGAGAGAGUUUCAAUUCUUAUGCGGA